AUUGCGCGUGGACGUGCGGCGCGUGCAAGGAGCAUCGGUUCGAUCGGCCGCAGUGCGCGCGCGGGGUCAACGCCGAGCCCGCUGCGGUGCCGGGCUCAGUCGAUCGCAUCUUCGGGAGGAUCGCGGCGGAGCAGCCCGGCACGACGAUGCUAUCUCGCGAGCCGUGGGUGCUCCUCAUCGAGGAUUUCAUGACCUCCGACGAGGCUGCCGCAGCCCUCACGCCCGUCAGAGAGAGAGUCCUCACGAUGGCCAACCCUCGCCUGCAGGCCGACGAGAUCCUCAAGGCCGGGGCUCUAGCAGGCUCCGGCUUCGAGCGCUCUCAGGCGGGGGACGGCGUGCAGUCGGCCCGCACCUCUUCCACCGCGUGGUGCGAGUGCAAGGGCUCUUGCCUCCGAAACCCAACCGUGCAAGCGAUCGAGAAGCGCGUGUCGUCGUUGCUCGGCGGGAUACCGAUGGACAACGCGGAGCCGAUGCAGGUGCUGCGCUACGAGACGGGCCAGUACUACAGGGUGCACCACGACCAAAACUCUCCGCGCUCCUCUGCCUGGGGGCCUCGCAUGUUCACCGUCUUCAUGUACAUCGGCGACCACAACAGCUACACGGGCGGAGAGACCCACUUCCCGAGGCUUAACAUCACCAUCCCGGCCAAGAAGGGGGCCGCCUGCGUCUGGACCUCGGUGCUCGACUCGGACCCGUACCAGCGCGACGACCGCACGGACCACGAGUCGCUGCCAGUGACGUCCGGCGUCAAGUUCGGCGUCCACUGCGCCGAUCGCACAGGCACGCGCGUCAACUACUGGAUCCACAUGUACAAGUUCCGCUCCUUUUCCGGCGGCGUGUGCGACAACCAAGCCUACGUCUAAAACUGGCGCUGACUCGACGCUGCGUCCUCUCGUCCUAGGGCGGCACGACGGAGAGACGCCGGCGCCCGAGAGACACCCGAUUGUGUGUGAGACCCGCCGCGUGCCGGCCCGGGGCGAUCCCUCCAAAAAAGUGGAUAAAUAAAU